AUGCUGGUUGGAGUGAUUUUCGUUUCUCUCGUUCUUUCUUCGGUUGAAGCGUGUGGGGUAACAAAAAGUGAAAUUCUCCUUAAUGAUUCUACGCUGCACAGGGCAAAUUUUCCACCACUCCACCUCCUGUAACGACUUCCCUCGGUUCAACAAAAGUUUGUUUUUCGAGAAAUUUCAAGUGCUGGCGGAGGCCUAAUCUGAAAAUUGACGCAGACAACUCUUCCACCACCGCCAUGCCCGAAAGACUGGCUACCUUUCAAAAGAACUGACGGACGAUUUUGGUGCAUGACGGUUUUUUCUGACUUGUCGUCCGUUUCUCAGGAAAACCUCUAGGUCAACAUGACGAAGAUGACAGCUGCGAAUGCACAAUCAGCUUGCGAAGAGCAGGGCGCCAACCUCAACGGCUUCGAAACAGACGAAGAGUACACGGCUAUGGAGUGUGAGUCUCCAAGUAUUUCGAAGAAGUCAGAGGUUUCAGCCUACUUGUUGAGUAAAAAGUUCACUGGACAAGUUCACUUGGGCGGAAAACGACGAGCCGGAUGCACAGCAUCGGCCGACGUUCCCUACAACAAAAAUCCUUCGAGUCCUUGUAGCCGUGACAACGUCAGUUUCAAUACAGAGAAGAAAACUGAUUAAAAAAAAAGCUUUUUGAACAAAAAAGAAAAAUGGAGUGCCGACCGAAAAAUCAGUCAUUACUCACAAAGGAACGUUUUUUUGGCCUGCCGCUUAGAAUUUAAUGAAGCUUGGCUGAAAUGUGCUUUGAGACCUCCUGAAUUCAGAAAAAGAAGAAAUUUUCAAAAUAGAUCGUUUUUGCUAUUACGAGAAAAAAAAAAUCUAUUGCGAGAACGUUUUUUUCUGUAAUCAAGAAGUAAAAUUCAGCAAAGUUUCAUCAAAAGUUCAAAAAACAAAAAAAAAUUCCCUUGUCAGUCUAAAGUCCGAGAGAUGAAUAAAUUUCAUGCCAAGAUCUUAAAAUGUUUUAGUUAUUCGAAUGCAGAACGGAGUCUCACAGACAAACUCGUUCGGACCCCAUUGGGACCCGAAAAGUCCUUCCUUCUCGUUCUCUUUGGAAAUUUGUCUCUCAAUUAUUGUCGACGGCGUCACGCGAGAUCAAACGCUCAACGACCUCACGUAAGUUUCGAAAUUCUAGGAAAUCUUCUCAAAAAUGGAAAUCAUUCCAGAUGUUCCAGCAAGAUGUACUUCAUGUGCGGAAAGUACUCCACGACAACUUGACGACCAACUUCUCAUAAGAAUUAUAACUAAAAACAACUAUGCACGAUAUUUGAUGAACUUCUCUCAAUUUUUCAAACUGGUAGAACAGCUAAGUGGAAGUUCAAAGGAAAUUAUCAAAACAAUUUGGACUUAA